CUAGUAUAUAUACUUAUCUCUUUCACCCGUCAUCUCUCGUCAUUUUGAUACUCCGUUUUCCCGUGGAGAGAAGAGAGCGACAGAGUGCAUAGUCAUAGCCGUCGUCUCGGUGCUUGGCUUUGGUUAUCAUCCUUACAGUUCAUCUCCUCUAUUAUCUCUCUCAAGGUUCAUAUUCAUAAAAGAUGGCAGAUGGUGAGGAUAUUCAGCCCCUUGUCUGCGACAAUGGAACUGGAAUGGUGAAGGCAGGAUUUGCUGGCGAUGAUGCGCCCAGGGCUGUGUUUCCUAGUAUUGUUGGCCGACCUCGCCAUACUGGUGUUAUGGUUGGGAUGGGUCAAAAGGAUGCCUAUGUAGGUGAUGAAGCCCAAUCCAAAAGAGGUAUUCUUACUCUAAAGUACCCUAUUGAGCAUGGUAUAGUCAGCAACUGGGAUGACAUGGAAAAGAUCUGGCAUCAUACAUUCUACAAUGAAUUGCGUGUUGCUCCUGAGGAGCACCCUGUGCUUCUAACGGAGGCUCCUCUCAACCCAAAGGCCAACAGAGAAAAGAUGACCCAAAUCAUGUUUGAGACCUUCAAUGUUCCCGCCAUGUAUGUAGCCAUCCAGGCUGUUCUCUCCCUCUAUGCAAGUGGUCGCACAACUGGUAUUGUUCUGGACUCUGGUGAUGGUGUAAGUCACACUGUACCAAUCUAUGAGGGGUAUGCACUUCCACAUGCCAUCCUUCGAUUGGAUCUUGCAGGGCGUGAUUUAACUGACUCUCUGAUGAAGAUCCUCACCGAGAGAGGGUACAUGUUCACCACCUCAGCUGAGCGGGAAAUUGUCCGUGACAUAAAGGAGAAGCUUGCAUAUGUUGCCUUAGAUUAUGAGCAAGAACUUGAGACGGCAAAGAGCAGUUCUGCAGUUGAGAAGAACUAUGAGCUUCCUGAUGGACAAGUCAUCACAAUUGGAGCUGAGAGAUUCCGUUGUCCAGAAGUUCUUUUCCAGCCAUCUAUGAUUGGAAUGGAAGCUGCUGGAAUCCAUGAAACCACCUACAACUCUAUCAUGAAGUGUGAUGUUGAUAUCAGGAAGGAUCUGUAUGGCAACAUUGUUCUUAGUGGUGGGUCUACCAUGUUCCCUGGUAUCGCCGAUCGUAUGAGCAAGGAGAUUACUGCGCUAGCACCUAGCAGCAUGAAGAUCAAGGUUGUGGCUCCACCAGAGAGGAAGUACAGUGUCUGGAUAGGAGGAUCAAUCCUUGCAUCUCUCAGCACCUUCCAACAGAUGUGGAUAUCCAAGGGUGAAUAUGAUGAGUCUGGCCCAUCCAUCGUCCACAGGAAGUGCUUCUAAGUUAAAACUGUAGUUUUAAUGGUGAGGUUUUUUUGGUUGCUUUUUUUCGUGUCUGUCAGGUUAUGUGAACCAUGUUGCGUGGUUAGGAUUGUUGGAGGGCUACGUUGUAAGCCAGAUGUAUCAUAUUUUUAUUUGCGGCCAUCUGCCAGAUAUGGCGGUUUGUGGAUGUGUUUAAGUAGGUUGUCUUUUUAGCAGGGGAGUCUUUGUGAUGCUUAUUUUAUUUUAUUUUAUUUUAUUUUUUUAUUUUUGCCUUUUCCCCCUUAUUUAAAAAGUUUACGUUUGAAGGA